AUGGAAAGAGAAUACAGAUCAUUGGAUGAAAUUAUUGAUUGGAUCCAUUCAGAAGCGGUUGUAUUGAAUGCAAUUAUACAUAGUAAUAAUAAUAAUCUUAAAAUACCAUCAUAUGAGAAAAUGAUGAAAGUAAUUAAUUUUCUUAAAGAAAAUAAUUUUUGGCGUUCUCAUCCAUAUUCACUGAUUAUUAUUAAUAAUAGAAAUAAUAAUAAUGAUGAUAAAACUGUUGUUAAGCCAAAUCAUCAAUUAUAUAUGAAAAAUAUUAAAGAUUUAUGGGAAAAUAAUAAAGAAUUCAAUAAUGAAUAUGAAAAAUAG